AUGAUUUUAAUUCUCUUCUAUGGAUUCUUAGUAAUUUCUUAUUGUUAAGAAUGUACAACCACUAUUAAAGGGAUAUUUUCUAAAUAAAUCUAUGAAUUUGAAAGAUCCAUUAAUUAAAUAAGAAAUGAAGUAGCCUAAGCAAGACAAUAAAAUCAUUUAGGAUAAUUUGAAUAUGCUGCUAAUAUGUAAAUUACUACAUGGUCAAUUGGCUUAUCAAGAGGAGCAUAAAAUUGUGCUGAAAGAUGUCCUGAUUCUUUAAGCACUUGUAAAAACGUACUUUAUAAAUCAUACUAAGUUAAAAGGCGAUUUUGGUGUACUCUUCUAUUCAAGAAUGGUACAAUCAUCAGGUGUUGAAUGGAACCCUUAGGAAAUUGUGAAAAAAUGGAUGUAAGACUCACAAAAUGCUGAAUAAUUACUAGUAGCAACAAUUUCAUAAUUUGGAUGUGGAAGAGCAAUUAAAAAAUCAGUUGAUAAAUAUAUGGAAUAUGUUGUUUGUUUUUUUGAUUAAGUUUCUUAUGUUAUCAAUAUUAUAGGCUCCUAUAGAUGGAAAGACUCCUUAUAUAGUUGCUAAUGAAAAAACAAUUGCUAAGGCUUGUAGAUUUGGUAGAUCCAAUCAAUACAGUGGAUUAUGUGCUAGCUCUUAUAAUAAGAUGCUUAUCAUGAAUCCAGAACAUUCAACUAGAAUAUUUGAAAGCUUGGAUUAAUAAUAAUAAAAAUAAUGAUG